AUGCUCAUCUCGAAGCACCCUAUACUUUCGGCCAUUCCAUUUGCUAUUGAUACACCAAAUCCUUAUUUUGUCCGUCUUCCUAAGAUUACACUGAGUGAAGUUGUGACCUUCAUGGAAGAUGAAGCGAAUUCUCCGAGCUCGGAUUGGACAGAGAUCCUCGACAAGGUCCUUCAGGACCAACACAAUUGCCCCUUCGAAAUUCAGCCAAAAGGGUCCCUUCCAUUCUGGAGAUUACGCGUUCUGGAGUGGAGCAGUUGUCCCAGAAGCUUUAUCCUGGUGUUCAUAUUUCACCAUUCACUCAUGGACACCAAAAGCGCUCUUUCGUUCCACGAUGAACUAGAAGGAUACAUGGCUCAAUAUACCGGAAUUGAGCCAAGCGAUACAGUUUAUAGUCCUUCUGAUGCCCUUAUUCCUCCACUAGAGAGUUUAUAUACACUCCCUGUGUCACAAGAAUUCUUGCAAUCCCAAGAGAAGUAUAGCGAGCCAUCACCCGAUAGCUGGACGGCUGCUCCUCAGUUCACGCCUGUAAAGACGCACUUUUCUUCUUUAUGGCUAUCUGAGGUUGACACAAGAGCCCUCAUUGCAUUGAGUAAGAAGGAGCAGGUCUCCAUCACGGCGACGCUUCAAGUGCUCAUCGCGACCUGCAUUUUUUCUGUUCUUCCGUCAAAAUAUCAUACACUACAAGGUGACUGUGCAGUAUCCCUAAGAAAAUUUCUGCCAGAGCCGGUCACUGCGAGCACUUUGGGUUGUUAUGUCGGAUCGUUGUCCACAACGUACCGCAGAAAGCCAUCUUUUGAUUGGAACGAGGCUCGCCGUACCAAGGUGGCCAUCGAACAUGCCAUGGCACAGAAAGGGGGUGACAUGCCGGUUGGAUACUUGGCAUUCAUUCGAAACCAGCACCACUGGAUGCUACAAAAACUGGGCCGGAAUAGAAUGAGUUCAUUUGAGUUAUCCAACGUUGGGGCAAGUUCUACUUUGCGAGGAGGAAUGAACUUUGAAAUUGAGAGUAUGUUGUUCAGCCAGAGCUCUAGUGCGUGCAGCGCCGCGAUCAAGGUCAGUGCCGUGACAGGGCGGGAUGGAAGACUGGCGUUGGGCUUCACCUGGCAAGAAGGGGCUAUAGAGGCCGGCAUGAUUGAAGAGGUCCAAAGGGCUCUCAAGGGCGAGGUAGAAAUAUUAGCAGUGUCUGGGUAG